UUUUUCUUAUGUUAUUACUCAAUUCUUUGAAGUACUUGGCAGCCAUUUUAAAUUGGCAAAUGUUUACGGAUUAUGUUUACAAUUACAACUUUACAUGUAGCGUCUCGCCGUACCCCUGGUGUUGUCUUGUGACAGGUAAAUAUACCCUAUAUGUUAACGAAAAUGGACUCCUUGUUAAAAAGUUAUGAACAGCAAUUCAGUGUCAUCACUGCAAGCAUUACUGCAAGAACAGCAACACUGAAUGGAAUAACUAAAGCGGAGGAUAAGAAAUGUUCCAUUCAACAGAUUGUAAGAGAACUUGAAGAAACUAAGGAUAUUUUGGAACAGAUGGAAUUGGAGAUUCGAGAACUGGAUACAGCUUCAAAAAACAAAUAUUGUACUCGUAUUGAAAGCUACAAAGUUGAACUUUCCAGACUAGAAAAAGAAUUCAAGAGUAAAAGAAUUUCAAAUGGUGGAGAGAGAGAAGAAUUAAUUGGAGACACUGAUGCAGAAGAUGUAUAUGAUCAAAAUCAACUAUUGAUUAGUAAUGGUGAAAAGCUAGAACGAGGAAGAAAUCGUUUAGAAGCAGGCUAUCAAAUUGCUAUUGAAACAGAGCAGAUUGGAAACAACAUACUUACUGAUCUCAAUCAACAAAGGGAAACCAUUCAAAAAACCAGGAACAGACUACGAGAAACCGAUGAACAGUUAAGUCGUAGUGGGCGCUUGCUGAAUCGCAUGUUUGGCAGAAUUAUUCAGAAUCGUCUUGCGUUUGUUGGCUUAAUUAUUCUUGCUGUAAUUUUGAUUAUAAUUACAUUGUAUAUUAAAUUUCGGAAAAGUUCUUAGCCAUUCCACAAUUUGUAUGUAUAUGUAAAUGUAUGUACUUUGUUUCAAUAUAGUAUUUUUGCGCACGUCA